AAUCACAGAAUGGACUUCUGGAUGCUGGCAAUCAGAAUUAUUUUAUUAUCACAAACCACAGUUGGAAUUCUGGGAAAUUUCUCCCUUAUGUUCUACUACCUGGUCCUUUACUGCAGAAAAUGUAUACUCAAGCCAACAGACUUGAUUCUCAUGAACUUAAUGGCAGCCAAUGCCUUGAUCAUUCUCUCUGCAGGAGUGCCCCAAACAAUGGCAGCUUUUGGGUGGAAGGAGAUCUUGAAUGGUUUUGGAUGCAGGAUCCUAGCAUACAUUCAAGGAUUUGGGAGGAGUGUGUCCAUUGGCAUCACCUGCCUCUUGAGUGUCUUCCAGGCCAUCACCAUUAGUCACAAGGUAUCCUUCUGUAAGGGAGAAAAAGCAAAACCUGCAAAACACAUCUGCAGCUCCAUUUUCCUCCUCUGUGUCUUCUACGCGUUGAUAAAUUUUAUUUUAUUUCUGUACACAUUUUUAAAAAUAAAUAGCAAAAACAUAACAAGAAAACGAGAUUUGGGGUACUGUUCUAUUGUGGGGAGUAAUGAAAUCACUGAUUUACUCUAUGCAACAUUGGUGGUUUUUCCUGAAGUCUUCUUUUCUUUCCUUAUGGCCUGGUCCAGUGGCUCCAUGAUUGUCAUUCUGUACAGACACAAGAAAAGGGUUCAACACAUGCGCAGCACUCAUGGUUCCAGCAGAAACUCCCCAGAGUCCAGAGCCACUCAAAACAUCCUGGUCUUGGUGUUUGCCUUUCUGGCUUUUUAUACUGUCUCCUCAUUGUUACGAGGCUUCAUUGCUUACUUAUAUUAUCAUGAUUGGUGGCUGUUGACCAUCAAUGAUUUUAUUUCUCUGUGUUUUCCAUCUUUAGGACCCUUUGUUCUCAUUAAUCAUUAUCCCAUUAUGUCCACAAUUACUUUGAUCUGGAUCAGGAGUAAAAAUAAUUUCAUCUUAUUUUUCAGUACAUAA